UUUUCUCUUCCCUGUAUAUUUUCACUCGAAGAUUUAAAAACUCCCAUCGUCCUCCCUGAUAGGCUUCGACAGAAAACCUGUUCUGUGUCCUGUGCUGAGUGUAAUUCUACGGGUCUUUCCUUCACAAAUAAAUAAACACACCAUGGCCAUGUCCAUGCGAACCACUCGCCAUGCUACCAAGCUGGCUCAGUCUUCACGUUUAUUGGCUCAGUAUACCUCUCGCAGAUCUUAUGCGACGGCGGAACCCGACCUGAAGUCUGCCCUCAAGGCGGUCAUCCCCGCCAAACGUGAACUCUUCCAGCAAGUGAAACAACGUGGGGACGAUGUGAUUGGCGAGGUCAAGGUUGCCAAUGUCAUUGGUGGCAUGCGUGGUCUCAAGUCGAUGCUCUGGGAGGGCUCGGUCCUCGAUCCCGAGGAGGGCAUCCGCUUCCACGGCAAGACCAUCAAGGAUUGCCAGAAGGAGCUCCCCAAGGGUACCUCCGGCACGGAGAUGUUGCCCGAAGCCAUGUUCUGGCUCCUCCUGACGGGUGAGGUCCCUUCGACCAGCCAGGUGCGCGCCUUUUCGCGCGAGUUGGCCGAGAAGUCCCACCUCCCCCAGCACAUCCUGGACCUCAUUAAGUCCUUCCCCCGCGACAUGCACCCCAUGACGCAGCUCUCCAUCGCUGUCGCUGCCCUGAACACUGAGUCGCAGUUCGCCAAGGCCUACGAGAAGGGUCUGAACAAGGCCGAUUACUGGGAGCCCACCUUCGAUGACAGCAUCUCUUUGCUUGCCAAGAUCCCCCGUGUCGCCGCCUUGGUCUUCCGCCCCAAUGAGAUCGACACUGUCGGCACCCAAGCUCUCGACGUGAACCAGGAUUGGUCUUACAACUUCGCGGAGCUCCUCGGCAAAGGUGGCCAGCAGAACCAGGACUUCCAUGAUUUGCUGCGUCUGUACCUGGCUCUUCACGGUGACCACGAGGGCGGUAACGUGUCCGCCCACGCUACCCACUUGGUUGGAAGUGCUCUGAGCGACCCCUUCCUGAGUUACAGCGCGGGUCUCUUGGGUCUGGCCGGACCUCUGCACGGUCUUGCUGCCCAGGAAGUCCUGCGAUGGAUCUUGGCCAUGCAGGACAAGAUCGGAACCAAGUUCACUGAGGAGGAUGUCCGUACCUACCUCUGGGACACCCUGAAGUCGGGUCGUGUCGUCCCUGGCUACGGCCAUGGUGUCCUCCGCAAGCCCGACCCCCGUUUCGAGGCUCUCAUGGACUUUGCUGCCACUCGCCCUGAUGUUCUGGCCAACCCUGUCUUCCAAUUGGUCAAGAAGAACUCCGAGAUUGCCCCUGGCGUUCUUACGGAACAUGGAAAGACCAAGAACCCCCACCCCAAUGUUGAUGCCGCCUCUGGUGUGCUCUUCUACCACUAUGGAUUCCAGCAGCCCCUGUACUACACCGUCACCUUCGGUGUCAGCCGUGCUCUGGGCCCUCUCGUCCAGCUCAUCUGGGACCGUGCCCUCGGCCUGCCCAUUGAGCGCCCUAAGAGUAUCAACCUCCUGGGCCUCAAGAAAUGAUUGACGAAUUUCAAUCUUCGCGUGUAAAAAAAUGUUUGAAUGAUAGCGUAUCUUGAUAUCCGCAAUGGACGUGUGUUCUUAUUUUGUUGACGGUUUGCCUUUGUUCUCUUGUUUGCGGGGAUUGAUUUCCCUGCGUCUAGCAAUAUGCCCAAUUGCAUAGACGCCAGAUAGACUUUUAGAGAAUAGAACUAUAUCGGAUUUUCU